UGUAUAAUAAUGUGAUACAUUAAUUGUGCAUCUACCACCACCGAAUAUAAAUAGAGCCUGUGCCGUACUGAUCUUAUCUAACUUCGAAGUCUCUAAAGUCGUCUCGAAAAUAUCUCUUUCUCUAUCAUCGUCUUCGUCAUCCUGUUCAGGGCUUUACUGAUUGAACUAUGGGUCAAGCUUUGGGUUGCAUUCAAGUGGACCAGUCUACAGUUGCUGUUAAGGAGCAAUUUGGGAAGUUUGAUGAAGUGCUUGAGCCUGGUUGUCACUGCUUACCAUGGUGUUUUGGGUACCAGGUAGCUGGGGAAUUAUCAUUACGUGUGCAACAACUAGAUGUUCGCUGUGAAACAAAAACUAAGGAUAAUGUCUUUGUCAAUGUGGUUGCAUCUAUUCAGUACCGUGCCAUGUCUGAUAAAGCAUCUGAUGCUUUCUAUAAGCUUUCCAACACAAAGGGACAAAUCCAAGCCUACGUCUUUGAUGUUAUUAGGGCAAGUGUACCAAAGAUGGACUUGGAUUCUACUUUUGAGCAGAAGAAUGAUAUAGCAAAAGCCGUGGAGGAAGAACUUGAAAAGGCCAUGUCUGCUUAUGGGUACGAAAUAGUCCAGACUCUUAUUGUGGAUAUUGAGCCAGAUAUUAAUGUGAAAAGGGCAAUGAAUGAGAUAAAUGCAGCUGCUAGAAUGAGGGUUGCAGCAAAUGAGAAGGCUGAAGCAGAGAAAAUAUUGCAGAUCAAGCGAGCUGAGGGAGAGGCAGAGUCUAAAUACCUUUCAGGGCUUGGAAUUGCUAGGCAGCGACAAGCUAUUGUGGAUGGACUGAGGGACAGCGUGCUUGCUUUUUCAGAGAAUGUGCCUGGGACCACAGCCAAGGAUAUUAUGGACAUGGUGCUUGUGACUCAGUACUUCGACACCAUGAAGGAGAUUGGGGCUUCUUCAAAAUCCUCUGCAGUUUUCAUCCCACAUGGGCCCGGUGCUGUGAGAGAUGUCGCUGCGCAGAUCCGAGAGGGUCUUCUUCAGGCUGACAGUGUUCAGCAUUAAAUUUGGAGCAUAUGGAAGGAACUUGGAGGUUGGACUUUCUAGGUUUCCUUUCCAUGGCUAAUGAAUGGUUUUGGUGUUGAUGGAAAAUUAUUAAACAUAUUGUUGAAGUGGUAUAUAACUAGGAUUUGACCACAAGUAUAUAUAUAUAUAUGUUUGCAUAUAUAUAGGCCGAGUGGUGUGCAGAAUGGUUUUUCAAUUUGGUUUUUGCUUGCAAGAUUGAUUCUCUUUAUUAUUGAAUACAUGUGAUUGUAAUUCUUAUUUAAAGUUCCGUUUUCAUUUUAUUUUUAUCGUGUUGCAGCUGUUGUCCUAUGAUUGUAGUUUUCCUAGAAUCUGAGGGAAAAUUUUACUGUG